AUGUCGUCGCCGGAGCCUGAGAGUGAGAGCACAAUCAGGGCUAGCAGUCAGAGAACUGAGCUCUUUUUAGGUGCCAUGGCAGAGAGGGCAGGCGACGUGAUCGAGGAGGACGAGGAAGUCGAAGAGGACGAACAUGGUCAAAGUGACCAGCGAUCGAAUGAACUGAUGUUCGUGAAAAUGAAAGCUGAAAAAGCGAAUCGCAAGAGAAAGUUCACCAGGUGUCGCAGAGCCGUGAUCGUGGCCUUGCGUGACGGAGUUGAAGAGGAAGCUGCGAGGUCGUUGUUUGGCGAAUUAGAAAUGAUCGAGGAUGUCCUGAACGGUGUGUUCAUGGACGUACUCGAGUGGGCUGGCGGCAUGAACGAUGCGCUCGCAGUGGCUAAAGUGACCGAUGAGAUGGAGGAAGCGGAGAAAGAGAUGAAGGAGGUCACAAGGCUGUAUCAGGAGUUCCUAGAACACCAGCCAGCGUGGACGGCUGCACGGAACAGCCACCCAGACAGGCCAGCGUAUCAUCAGUAUGCCCAGGCACCAGUGGAAGAGCCAGGAAGUCCACUGAGUGUGAUAUCGCUGGGCAGAAGUGAAGGCUCCCAGGAUCGGGAUGAGCCUGGUGAUGGCGUGGCGCUGGUUCAGGAGAACCAGGCAAGAGUAGAAGACAGUGAUGAAGUGGUUGUGACCACAAGUGUCUCCGGCAGUAGUAACAGAGAGGCAGAGCUUGGGGCUAGAACAAGGCCACCAAUGGAAACUGGGAGUAGGAGGUCAGAGCGUGAAAGAAGCCCUGCCUUGCCUGUACUACAGCCUGCUGUGCCAACACGGAGUGCUGUAUGUGUGUCCAGUGCAUAUACUAGAGUGAGUGAGACCAAGGCCCCUCAACUUCAAGUCGCGAAGAGUCCAGGCCAGCAGGGCAGUAGUACUCAGGCUCCUGUGUCAGGACUACACCCUACAUCAUCUCUGCCAUAUCAGUCCGCCAACUAUCUGUACACCCAGGCCAGUGGGCCACCACAGGUAGCCUCAAGUCAUCAGGCCAUGGGCAUUGGUGCCUUUUCAGCAUUGCCAGGAGCAGGUGUGUCCGCCAGCCACCAGCGUGCUGUGUCUCAGCCUCCACCUGUCAAGCAGCCAUCAGAUGAAAUUUUCAAGCAACUGAAGGCUAUACAGAUCCCAGUCUUCGGCGGCGAUAAGCAGGCGUAUGCCUCAUGGAAGGCUGCUUUCAUGGCGUGUGUUGGUAGCUCGUCUGCAAGGGCAGACUUGAAACUGCUGCACCUCCGGCAGUAUUUGAGUGGAGAUGCCUUGGCUUCCAUCGAGAGCUUGGGAUACACCCCGUCUGCGUAUGAGGCCGCAAUGAGGCGGUUAGACCGCAAGUUUGGAGGCGACCAACGACAGCUGUCGCUGCAGUACGAGCAAGUCGAGGCCUGCCCAAUCAUUCGUUCCGGCCGAGCAGGAGAUCUCCAGAAGUUCGCAGAUCUCCUCGACGUACUCGUGGUCAACCUCCUCGACUCCGGAAAAGGCAAUGAGCUGGGUGAUGGGCUGUUGUACCGGAAGCUCCUGGCCAAGUUGCCGGCUGGGAUGUUAACCCAAUUCAAUCGAUGGUGUCAUCAGAAGCCCUGCCAGCCAGGAAUUCAAGCACUACUGGAGUGGGUGACGUUGGAAGCGGAGUUUGCCGUUGGAGCGUCCGAAGCACUAGAUGGAGUUGGUGCGAAGGACAAGCCUCCGGCACCCCGAAAUGCUCCUCAACGAUCCUACUUCGGGGGAAAGGCUUCGCAGAAUGCAGGGUGGUCAAGGCCUGCGGGCUCAGCGGCUGGACGAUCUUCAUGUCGGCAAUGUGGCGGACCUCACGGUGUCUGGCAGUGUAAAGCAUUUCAGCAGCUUUCCGUCGCCAAUCGCUGGAGACAGGCUAAACAGCAUGGUCUGUGCUACCGCUGCCUUGGAGGCGAUCACCAAGGUCACCUCUGUCCACGAACCAGACCCUGCUCAGUGAGCGGCUGCAACAACAAUCACCACUACUUGCUACACCGGGACUUGCUACACGAGGACAGCAGGGACCCCGAUGCCGCACAGUCAAACAAGAAAAAAUCGGGGAACACGGCAGCUGGAGGAAUGACGGCGGACAAGUCCCAACUCAGUCCUGCCGAACAAUUCUGCAACUAUGGAGACAAUGGUUCAGGUCAGGAGACAGGGGACCAGUUAUUGCCUCCCGCCAUCGACUGUUUAGUAACGCCGCCAUACGCCGGUAAAGACCAAGAGCAGCGCACCCCACAGUCGUUCACCGAGGGGGAGACGGAGUCCACGAAGAGUGAUUCCACCAUGAUGGUCCAAGGCCCGGGCAAGAUAGCUCUGCGAACGGUCUCAGUCGUCUUGGAGAACGGCCACAAGUCAGUGCAAGUGAAUGCGUUGCUGGACGACGGUAGCACGACGAGCUACCUCAACGGCAGCAUUGCCAACCAGCUCGGCGUCAGCGGGGAGCUGAGGACAUUCACAGUCCACACCUUGAAUGGCAAGCAGACCUCAUUCACAACCAGACCAGUAAGCUUCACCAUUGGCAGCAUGGAUGGCAGUGUUCGGCAAUCUAUGACGGCGCUGACGGCUGAUUCGGUCACCGGGAAUCUUCGUCCGGUAGAGUGGGUCAAGGAAGCAGUCAAGUAUCCUCAUCUGAGAGAGAUUCCGUUCGCAAGACUGGCGGAGCCCGCCAGGGUCGAUCUGCUGAUUGGGAGCGACUAUGCUGAGCUGCUUGUGUCACAGCAGGAAGUGGUCGGCCCGCCUGGUCAACCAGUGGCGCGUCAUACUCCACUGGGUUGGACCUGUGUUGGCAGAGUGACGGGAACCCACUCGAGUCAAAGGACGUUCCACAGCCAAGCGUUUCAGAGUGAGGAGAGAGCAACACCAACCGGCUUAGAGACCGCGCUACAGCAGUUCUGGCAAAUUGACAGCUGCGGCACGGAGGAGAGCUUCAGUGAGCCCGGCCCGCGCUCGCUGGAGGAAGAGACAGCCCUAGACAUCGUCAAACACUCGCUGAAGAAGGUGGACGGUCGGUACCAGGUGUCUCUGCCGUGGAACAAUCGUAAGAGAGAAUUAUGCAACAACUUGGGUGCGGCUACGAAACGUCUAGGCCACACCGAGCGCAAGCUCCUGAAAGACCCAUUCGUUGCCCAGGCUUAUGGCCAAGUCUUCCAGGCCUACCAGAGGAACGGCUAUAUCCGGGAGCUCGCGAAGGAAGAGCUAGGUCAAGAGGUAUGCUGGUACUUAUCCCACUUUCCCAUCGUCCGACCGCAGAAGACGACAACCAAGGUGCGGAUCGUCUUUGACGCUGCAGCAUCCUGUCAUGGCCUCAGCCUCAACGAUGCCAUCUACCCUGGUCCGAAGCUCCAACGUGAGUUGUUCGAUGUGUUGACCAGGUUUCGGCAAAAGCCUAUAGCAGUGGGCUGUGACGUGACCGAAAUGUAUUUGCAGGUGUCGGUUGCGCCAGCAGACAGGAAGUACCUCAGAUUCGUGUGGCGGGACCUGGAUCCGGCCAAGCCUUUACGGCACUUUGAGUUCAACCGCCUGGUCUUUGGCGUCAAUGCUGCACCAUUCAUCGCCCAGUACGUUGCUCAGCAGACAGCCCGGGAACAUUUGGCGUCGCAUCCCCUGGCAGCAGAAGCUAUCCUCGCGUCCACCUACAUGGAUGACACGAUGGACAGCACCAAAGAUGUCGAACAAGGUCAGAUUCUUCAUCGGGAGCUAAUGGAUCUGUGGGGUGAGGCCAAGAUGACGCCGCGCAAGUGGGUGUCCAACUCGCCCGAGCUCCUGAGGGUAAUUCCAGCCGAGGCUCGCGCUACCCAGCUGGACUUAUCCCAAGGAGAGCUACCAUCCGUGAAGACGCUAGGAGUGUCAUGGGACGGUCAGGCAGACUGCUUCUUCUUCAGCGUUCAACCGCCAGACCUCACCAACCAACGCAUCACCAAGCGAUUCCUCCUAGCAAAAGUCGCGUCCGUAUUCGACCCGUUGGGGUUUCUGGCACCGUUCGUGACCCAAGCCAAGAUCCUCAUGCAAGAGAGUUGGGUAGCUGGUAUUGACUGGGAUGAACCGGUUCCAGAUGGCAUCGACACCAGCGCUCGCCAGUGGUUCAAUGACCUGGCGAAGCUCAGUUUAGUUCGAGUACCAAGAUGUCUCAUCCCGGACGUGGCCAGUGGAGUGACGCUGCAUGUUUUCUGUGAUGCGUCGAGUGUGGCGUAUGGUGCCGUGGUCUACAGCUCCACCGUGCAGCGUGGCUCUGAGGGAAACGUUCGUCUCGCUGGAGCCAAGAGCAGAGUGGCGCCGACAAGAACACAAAGUAUCCCCCGGCUGGAGUUGCUGGCGGCUGUGCUUGGCCUUCAGCUGGCCCGGAAGUUCAGUCAGAUCAUGACCAUUGCCAUGUCAGAGGUGAUUUUCUGGAGCGACAGUGCAACUGUGCUGCUCUGGAUUCGCAGCUACAGCCGACGUUUCAAACCGUUUGUGGCGAAUCGCAUCAGCCACAUCCAGACUGUUACGUCGCCCAGUCAAUGGCGGUACGUUCCCUCCAGCGACAACCCAGCUGACUUGGCGUCACGGGGAGCUGGGGUAGAGCAACUGGUUGCAACUGAGCUGUGGUGGCAAGGACCGGCCUUCCUGCAGAAAGAAGAAUCUGAAUGGCCAGCCAAGAUCGUGGGUGGCCAAGACCCAGCUGCUCGAGCGGAAGCUCGCAAGGCUGCACAGCCCGAGGUGAUGUCCUUUAUGUCCGAGAAAGUACCCAGCUUGUGCUCUCGGCGCUUCUCAGACUGGACGCGCUUAGUCAGAGUACGGGCUUGGGCAAUUCGCUUCAUCACCAACUGCCGUGGAGGUGAGGAGUUGAGCGGAGAGCUAACCGGCGAGGAGAUGGACGCUGCCAGCCUUUCCAUCAUCAAAGAGGCACAGCACGAGGCAUUCGCGGAGGAUCUGAAGCUAGUGAAGAAUGGUCAACCACUUCCGCUGAAGUCACGUUUGGCGAGGUUAUCGCCUCGACUGGACGACGACGGACUAUUGCGCUGCGAUGGUCGCACCAAGCUGGCUGACUGGUUGCCGUUUGAUGUGCGCUUCCCGAUUCUUCUCCCCCGGAAACAUCCGACCACCCGGCUUAUUGUCAAAGAUUGCCAUGAGCAACGUCAUCAUGGCGGGACGAAUGAAACGUUGGCAGCUCUCUCUGAUCACUAUCUUGUCGAAGCAGCACGGGAGGAGAUCCGUGACUGGGAGAAAGACUGCAUGGUGUGUCGACGACUAAAAGCCCGUGCGGGAGAGCAAAUCAUGGCCCCGUUGCCAGCAAAGCGAUUGUGUGAGCCACUGAGAGCCUUCAGCAGGGUAGCCGUUGACUACGGAGGGCCGUUCGAAACUAUGCAGGGGAGAGGAAAGACUCGCCACAAACGCUAUCUGUGCCUCUUCACGUGUUUGCUGACUCGUGCGGUCCAUUUGGAGAUGGCGUACGCAUUGGAUGCAAAUUCUUUCCUGAACGCCUUUAACCGGAUGGCCAACCGACGAGGUUGUCCAAUGGAGGUUCUGUCGGACAAUGGAGGCAACUUCGUGAAUGCCGACCGCCAGCUACGUGAGCUUGUUGGCCAACUGAACAAUACCACCGUCCGGAAAGCCAUGGCCUGCAGACGCGUGAAAUGGAGUUUCAACCCGCCAUUAGCUCCUCAUUUCGGGGGAGUUCACGAGGCAAUGAUUCGAGCCGCCAAACGAGCUCUACACGCCAUCCUUGGAGACGCAUCUGUGACGGACGAGGAGUUGGUCACCGCUCUCAGCGGAGCAGAGUCCCUCGUCAACUCCAGGCCCAUCACCUACCAAUCGGCUAGUCCGAAGGAUCCAGGGCCGCUAACUCCGAACCAUUUCCUUCAUGGCAUGGCCGAGGGCCAGCUGGUUAUUGCAACAACGGACGAGAAGGGGUGUCAACUGCAGAGACGUUGGAGAUAUGUUCAAAUGCUCAUCGACCAUUUCUGGCAUCGCUGGCUGAAAGAGUUUGUCCCACGGUUGAAUCAGCGGAUGAAGUGGCGACACCAGCGACGCGAUCUGGCCGUUGACGACGUUGUCCUGGUGAUGGAUUCAAGCUCCCCGCGAGGGCGUUGGCCGCUCGGCAGAGUCACGGAAGUUUUCCCUGGUCCGGACGGACAUGUGCGUGUGGUGGCCAUGCAAGUGGGCGGGAAGACUCUGAAGAGAUCCAUCACUCGAGUCUGUCCACUGGAAUGUUAG